CAUUUUAUUACAGUGAAGUUAAUCAGAGUAUGCACAAAUAGUAUUACAUUUAAUAUUUUUGAAAUAUAUACGAAAAGAGGCAGGGUUGUUUAAUAUUUCGUUUUGUUAUAAAUAUAAGCAGACAUUGCAGAUAAUCAAUCACUCUUUGCCUGAGACUAUUAAUAUGUUUUUGUUUGUUUUUUAAAUAAAACGAAAAGAGGCAGAGUGGCGUUUUAUAACAAAUUUCGUUUUAUUGUUGGCUAAAAUAUACAGAGAUAACCGGAGAAGCCAGAGCGAGCUGAGUGACGUUAUCAAGAACGCUGCUGUUCCAUUUGCAGAAUCACCGGACUUGUGUUCUCCCGUCCAAGAGAGUUCGUUCUCCUGAGUCGAACUUGCCAAGUCCUAACUACCAAGGACGCGAGUCCGAAGUUUGCGAACUUGGUUUUGAGAAACGGCCCUGUUUAAGAAGGUUUUGAGAAGUCAGGCGAUUGGUUGAGGCGUGGCCCCGCUCCCGAACCUCAGUUAAUCAUUUAACUCCAUUUAAGUAAGCCAAGGAGCGUGAGCCAAUAUUUUCAGUGGCGUUUAACACAAAACAGGAAACUCUUGAAUAUUCAUGUCACCGAAAAUCUCAGACACCGAAUAUUUCAGAACUGUUUUUCAAGUUGGCCUAUGAUUUUGCAUUUCCGUAGGUUGGUGCAAUUCCGUAGAUGUUACACAGUUCUUUUUCUAACAUCAGCUCAAAUUGCCGGAAUGGAGUGAUCGCGGAAACACCAGUCUGCAUUCGGGCUUUUGAAAAAAAAAGAGUAUGAACUGAGAUGGACAUAUUUAACAUGUUUCGCAGUAACAAGGACACUGUCAGAUCUCACUCUGGACCAAAUGUGAGUGCUGCAGCUCAGAGUGGAAGUCAUAUUACAGCCCCUGCACUCACUAACAAUACAAUAACAGGCAAUGUCCACAUCAUACAUAAUGCACCUGAUUUUACUUUGUAUCGGCCACCCUCUGAGAAAACACAAACCUCAGCAACAAGAUCUGUGAUUGUAAAAUAUAAGACGUGGAUCUGCAGUGAGUAUCAGUGUGUGACUGAGUAUAACUCACGACCUGGUGAACAUGUGCGGAUGUCUGAGCGCUACACACAACCACUAAUCCUUCAGAGACAUAGAGAUCAAAAAGAAAAUGAAGAAGAGAUCUGUUCCAGUGGAGAAAGAUUCCAGCAGGUCCUCAGCUCCAGGAGCAGUGAAGACUCUGUCCUUCUGAACUCUCUGUUCGACCCAGAUGGUCAUGGGAUCAGUCCUAGUGCUGUUAUACUGCAGGGAAAUUCUGGGAAUGGGAAAUCUUUCACUGUUCAGAAGAUCAUGAUGGACUGGGCAUCUGGUGACCUCUACAAAGAGCGGUUUGAUAUUGUUUUCCACUUAAAGUGUAAAGAAGUAAAUCGCAUACCUGGCACAAAGAGUUUGGUGGAGAUCUUGAGUUACAGCUGCAGUUUAACAUCAGAUCAGAUCUCACAGAUGUUACAGCAUUCACCAGAGAAGGUGCUUUUCAUCAUUGAUGGAUUUGAUGAGCUGAGACUCACAGAGGGCAUUUAUCACAUGUCACCAAACACUGAUCUGCCUCAGAAAGCCCCACCUGUGGCCAUUCUUUGUGACCUGCUGAGGGGUCGAAUCCUGCGAGAGUCCUUCCUGCUGGUCACCUCCAGAUCUACAGCUACGGACACACUGAGUGAACUGCUCAAAGGACCUCAAAGUUUCUCUGAGAUAAUUGGUUUCUCUGAGAGGGGAGUGGAGGAGUACUUCCAGAAGUUUUUUCAAAAUGAGGAACAUUUCAGGAAGGCUUAUACACUUGUGAAGACAAAUGAAACUCUCAUCACUGCCUGCUCCAUCCCUGUCGUUUGCUGGAUCAUCUGCACAACUAUCCAGGAACGAUUCAAACUGGGUGCAGAUAUAACAAGAGGACUGGAAACCACCACCUCCAUCUAUGUUGACUUUGUGUUCACUCUACUGAAGCAUCACUGCCAGGCUCAGUCUGUCCCGACCCUGCUGAGGAGUCUGGGUCAGCUGGCAGAGAGAGGGAUGCUGGAACAGCAAGUCCUGUUUGAUGAGCAAAGUGUGAAUGAAAUGGUUUCAGACCUUUCUGGCAGUCCAUUCUUGUGUAAGUUCCUAUUUAAGAGAGGAAUCCACCAGGAGACAAUGUUCAGUUUCAUGCAUCUCAGCUUUCAGGAGUUCUUCACUGCUCUGUACUAUGUCCUUCUGGAUGAAGAAGAGUCCCAGAGGAAACUUACAGAGCUUCUUCUUAUUGAAGGAAGACCAAUGAUUAGUCCUCCACGUUUAGCAGCUGUGGUGCAAUUUGCAUUUGGCCUGUUAAAUAAGGAUGUGAGACACACACUAAAAAAGCAUGGUCUGGUUGUUUGUCCAAAAACACAGGCGCAUCUGAAAGAAUGGAUUUUGGAAACGCUUCAAUGUCAUAUGUAUUCGAGAAUAGUACUUUUUUUCCUUCACUGUCUCUAUGAACUUCAUGAAGAUGACUUUGUGAAAGAAGCUGUGGAAGCCUGGGAAAAGAUUGAUGCAUAUAGUGCACUCCUCCGAAGAACAGACUGCUGGGCCCUGCUGUACUGCUCUCAGUGCUGUCAGAGCAUUAAAGAACUGUCUCUCUUUGACUGCAGAUUGUCAUCUGAAAAGUUGUCUAUGAUUUUGCCUGCCCUCCUUAAGUUUAAGGAAGUAACCUUGACUCCAGAAGAUCCAUCAGACUCUGAUCUUGCUGAACUGAUAAACACUCUGGCUAGAGGACAGACCCUGAGCUCACAACAUGUUGAUGUCAGUGUAUUACAGCACAUUCCAAAAUUUAAGAAUUGUUCUGUCCGCUCACUUGAUCUGUCAUUCAAUGAAGCACUAUCCAGUAUCUGCAUAGAGACUUCAGGGCAAGCAGUAUCUUUGCGAUCACUCAGUCUCACCUUUCCUCGCUCAGAGCAAGUCAGCAUCUACUGGACCAGACUUUUUCAGAAAAUUUACCAAGGAGAUUCGGAUGCAAUGAAGUCUGUUCUCUAUUCUUUCUCUAAACUGAAAAAGAUGAAAAUGACAGUGGACUGUCUAACUAAGAUGUGGUCUGUUUGGAGCCUCCAAAUCAUGCAGAACUGCCCCAGUCUAACCGAACUCACGAUAGAUGCUGAUUUUUUAUUGGAGGAGGGAAUCAAGAUCUUGCAGAGGUCAAACACAAGACCAGCCUGUAUUAUGAAAUUUCACGGGUUCAUAUGCAAUAAACAGUCUCAAAAAUGCUCACGAAAUGAGCAACAAAGCUGCAAUCAGGCGGUGAAGAUUCAUCUGAAUUCCCAGGGCUUUUCUAUGGAGAAAUUGCAAAAGCCCUUGUUUUGGAACUAAUGAUACAGCUUGACAACUAGGAGAAAACUGCCAAAGCAGCAUCUUUACCUGGAGCUCUGGAUGGGAAUAAAGACAUCAAACAAAUACAAACAAAGUAUUUUUAGUCCCAGUGCCAGCCUACGGCGACUGUGGCAAAGUAUAAAAAAACUUCAUCUUUAAUUUUUGAUUGAUGGAAUGUUGAACUUCCCAUUGUUGUCUGGUGUAGACUUAUGUCUCUAAAUGUAAUGGUUUUAUAUAGUUUGUUGGUGAAUGUGAUUAACAUGUUUGGAAAGUUCAUACUGUACAUGUUUGAUAUAUAAAAGUGGGGAGACUACUUGUCAGGGUAUGGGAUAUAAAAACAAAAAAGUGGCAAAAAAUUAA